AUGUCAUGCGGACGGCCGGUUGAUGAGUCAGACGAGAUCGCACUCGCGUCAAUCAGUACAACGCUCGCCAAGACAUGCACGAAAUGCAGCAUCGAGCCCGCUCAGAUUGUGACUCUUGCAGGAUCGCUUUGCUCUGCAUGCCUGAAAGCGUCAGUGACCACCAAACUUCGCACGUCGUUGCAUCGACUCGAGGCGCCACGACGGCUCGGUCGCGCCGACAAGAGUCCCUUUAGUCUCGCCAUCGCAUUCUCAGGCGGCCCGGCGUCCAGGCUUCUUCUUGAGCUAAUCAGACCGCACGUAUACACCGUCGAGGAGCGACCGUUGCACUAUCGAGGACCCCCAAGUCAUGCUUUAUUCGCCAGAGCACAGAUCAUCUAUGUCAGCUCGGGCAGCGCUGUAAUCGAUGACCAAGUCAAGACUGUGGCAAACGACUUUGACUACCCCUUCUGCACUGUCACCUUGCCCGUCGAGGCAGUCGAGUUGGCUGCCAAUGCGCUCGAUCCGUCCGCAAAGAUGACUUUGCAGAAGAACCUAUCGAGAUCGCUGAUCACGCGCACUGCUCACGAGCAAGGCGUGACCCAUCUCAUGAUGGGCGAGACGAGCACUGGCGUAGCCAUCAGGACGAUCGCAGGCAUGUCAGUCGGGGCAGGCUUCAAUCUCGGCGAGCAAGUUGCCACUCAUGUUCCACUUUUCAACGAUAAGCUGCAGCUCGUCCGCCCUUUGGCGCAUGUCUCCUCACGUGAAGUCGCCUUUCUGGUCAAACAGCUCGGUCUACGGACAAUUUUCGUUCCUAAUGAUCUCACAAUGGCUAAAGCCAAAGGCAAGAAAGAAAUGGGAAUCGAUGGCACCGUAGAGGAAUUCGUGCUAGGCUUGGAGCAGCAGUUUCCCGCCACGUCAUCUGUCGUGGGCAGAACGGCAGCCAAGCUCAGUCUUUGCGGGGCAACUUCGACACUUUGUAGUGUGUGCGGCUUACCUGCUGAUGCUAACGCAAGCACUUGGCGACACGCGACGGCUUUGUCCAGCUUCACCGAGCACGACGAUUUGACGCCAUCUGAGAUUGCCUCGCCAUUGUGCUACAGCUGCGGUAUUGCCACAAGAAAGAUCGCAUAA